AUGUGGGUAUUGGACCCUGAGUGGGCUUCGGUCCCACAGAGGGAGCGUUUCCAGACUCCAAGAGCAGUAAAGGCAAAGACGCUGAGUCAGAAGAGUAAGCUCCGCACCCGUGAGAAACGCCAUCAGGCCGAAGAAGAUCCUGAAGAGCUGGGGGAUGCUCAGGCCACUGCAGGAGUGCAAGGAGAGUUUUCCUCCACUUCCUCUCCUUGUUCCAAGGCUAUUCCCCAGAGCUCAACUUCAGGGGCAAUCAGCAACCCCCAAGUUCCUGGAAGAGCUCCAUCCACUGCCACUACUGAUGUAACUCUUUCAUAUAUAAGAGCAAACGAAAGGACCAACAAUGAAGUGGAAGAAAGGCCAAGAUCCUCCCCGGCCCAGCACUCCACUGAGCACCUGCCCAAAGACCCUGUAGCUGAGAAGGUGCUUUUAUUGAUUUGGUAUCUGCUGUGCAAGUAUCAAAUGAAAGAGCUCAUUUCAAAGGCAAAUAUGCUGACAAAUGUAAUCCAGAUGCACAAGAGGCAUUACCUUGAGAUCCUGAGUAGAGCUUCUGAGCACCUGGGGCUGAUCUUUCACCUUGACAUGAGAAAAGUGGAGCCCCAUAGGCACAUCUAUGUCCUGGUCAAGAAGCUGGAACCAAGCUGUUAUACAAGGCUGAGAGACGACAGAGGUGUGCCCAAAACCGGCCUGCUGAUGAUUAUCCUGUGUGUGAUUUUCAAAAAGAGAAAGCACUCAAGGAAAGCAUUCACCACUGAGGAGCAAAUCUGGCAAAUAUUAAAUGUGAUGGGAUUAUAUGAGAGGAGGUAUCACUUCAUUUGGGGGGAACCCAGUAAGCUCAUUACCAGAGAUUUGGUGCAGGAAAAUAACUUGGAAUACUGGCACGUGCCUGAUAGUGGCCCCCCGCGCUAUGUAUUCCUGUGGGGUCCAAGAGACCAAGCUGAAACAAACAAGAUGAAAGUUCUUGAGUUUUUAGCCGAGGUCCAUAAUACGAUCACCAGUGCCUUCCCACUGUGGUAUGCAGAGGCUUUGAAAGAUGAGGAAGAGAGAGCCCAAGCCAGAGUUGCAGCUAGGGCUCGCAUUAGUGCCAUGGCCAGUGCUCGUUUAGGGCCAUGUCCAGCAGCUCCUCACACCCCUAGUUAA